AGCAAAAUUAGAGCCAAUCGUUUUGGUUUGCUCCGCUGCUUGCUUAUGCUGCUGCUGCUGCUUCAUCCUUCGGAUUUUCACUCCGUUUCAUUUCUUCUUCAUCUUCGCGGAUUCCAUUUCUUGAAGAAAAUCGAAGCGGGAAUCAACUCACAAAAUCCAAUUCCUACAGCUGCUCGACUCGGGAAAUCUUCAGGAAGAUGGGUAGCACAAGUGCUGCUCUGGUCCCUCAUUUGCAGCUCAACGGCUGCUGCUUCAACCGCCUGGACUCGGUUAAGACCCAAGUAACCUCCUUCCGAAUCGAUUGGUCCAGGAGGAGAAGAACGGAGCUCAGAUUGAUGAGUUCAAAGAGACUAAGCAGCUUUGCCUGUUCCGCGGUCGAGGACGACAAGCAACAAGAAUUGCGUUCUGGUGAUGGCGGUCUUGGUUCUGCGGUAGAAGAUAGGCCCGAUACAACUGAUAGCUCGAGAGAAGAGAACCUUGGAACUUUCAGCCAAGACGAUGAAAAGAAUGCACUUUAUGAUUUUCUCUAUCCGAAUAAAGAGCUCCUCCCUGAUGACAAAGAAAUGAGCAUAUUCGAUCAUCUUGAAGAGUUAAGGCAGAGAAUAUUUGUCUCAGUUUUGUCGGUCGGUGCUGCUAUGCUGGGGUGCUUUGCAUUCUCGAAAGAAUUGAUAAUGGUCCUUGAAGCUCCAGUUAAAGCGCAGGGUGUUAGAUUUCUGCAACUUGCUCCAGGAGAGUUUUUCUUCACGACUUUGAAGGUGUCAGGAUAUUGCGGUCUUCUUUUAGGAAGCCCAGUAAUCCUCUAUGAAAUCAUAGCAUUUGUCCUCCCAGGUCUAACUCGGUCUGAGAGAAGGUUUCUGGGUCCAAUUGUAUUGGGCUCCUCGGUGCUUUUCUAUGCGGGAAUAGUGUUCUCUUACUUGGUUCUGACUCCAGCAGCCUUGAAUUUCUUUGUUAGUUACGCUGAAGGUGUUGUUGAAUCAUUAUGGUCCAUUGAUCAGUACUUCGAGUUCGUUCUAGUGCUUAUGUUCAGCACAGGAUUGUCUUUUCAGGUCCCAGUCAUACAAGUGCUUCUGGGGCAAGUGGGUCUUGUGUCGGGUGACCAAAUGCUUUCCAUUUGGAGGUACGUGGUUGUUGGGGCAGUCGUGGCGGCUGCUGUGCUAACACCAUCAACGGAUCCUCUCACUCAGGUGCUCCUAGCAGCCCCUCUUCUUGGCCUUUACUUGGGUGGCGCAUGGGUUGUCAAGCUCACAGGCCGGUGAGUUUGACCUGUUUCAUCAGAAUGCACAUAUAGACAGCUGCUUUGAUCUCCGAAAAAUUGUAUGUAGAAGAAUCUUGUCAAGAAACUGCGUAAAAUUAUUUAAUACCAAUUUUCCUAUUUAUUUGCCGCCA